CUUGCCGAGAAUUGCAGAGAGCAGUCAGCCCGUCGUGUCUCUACCCGAGGCCGGAUGGUAAAAUCCAACCUCCAGCGGAUCCUAAACAGUCAUUGCUUUGCUCGCGAGAAAGAAGGAAAAACACAGUCUUUAAAUACCAUGGCGGAUUUAAGUAACGGUAUCUGUGACAUGAUCGGGAAGCUGUCCCUGCACUGUAGUAGUAGUACCCGCGGCCCGGGGCCUCUGUGGUGCUCCGAUGCCCCUCUCCCACCCCUGAAGAUCCCAGGUGGAAGAGGGAAUGGCACACGGGAUCACACUCCUUUAGCUCGGCCACUCUACUCAGAUCGAAAAUUGAGUGUAACGGAGGAGCCAGCAGGGAAUGGUCGCCCUGGGAUACUCCACUUCCAAAGUCGUCCCACCCUUACAAAGACAAUACAAUGGGAUGCUGUCCUAAGCAGCAGCGCACUCUACGUGGAGAUACCUCGUGACCCUCUUCCCGAGGGCAGCAAGGAGAGUUUUGCGUGUCUCCUGGAAUAUGCUGAAGAACAUCUGAAAGUAGUUAGCGUGGUGGUCUGUUUUUACAAGAACAGAGAUGAUCGUGCUAAACUGGUACGUACAUUCAGUUUCCUGGGCUUUGAGAUUGUGAAACCGGGCCAUGCCCUCGUCCCGCCUCGACCUGACGUAUUCUUCAUGGCCUACAACUUUGACAAGGACUCCUCGGAUGAGGAGUAGCCCUUUUGACAGCCCCUCCACCCCCUGCUUACUUCCCUUUUUUCUUCCCACUGUAUGUUUUGACUCAUAAAUCUGUGUUAAACCCUCAGCAGUAGCGCUCUGUAUGCAAGUAUUCAUUUCCCCCAUGCUUUUUGUGUUUAAGAGAAUAUGUUAGAUGUGCAUUUCCAUUUUCCACCAUCUGUUUCAUUUGAAGAUUAAUUGGUGUUGUCACCUAUAAAAGGAAGAAACCUUUCUUUUCUUUGGACUUACAAUCACAUUAAAGUUGUCAUAGCUAUUAAUUAAGUUCCGGUGUGAUUUCCAUAUCUUGUCAAGUCAUUGAUUUUAUUGGUAUUUCCUUUUUCUGAUAGAUUAUGGUGGUGGAUUGUUCAUUUCUUGAAUGUACAAUAAAAAGGUAAUCAGGUUUACACUUGGGUACUCCAGCUUUCCUUUAUUUGGCUAAAUAAUGACGUAAAAUUUGUUUUAUAUUCUUUCUCUCUGAUUUGAAUAACAUUUCAGUGGGACCAGUUUUAUGUAUUAGCACUAAUAUCCCCUAAAGUGUUUGAUUUAUGAAAUAUUAAUUUUAAGUGACAGCCCCAAUAACUGGUACUUCAUAGCUGUGUCGUGAAAUCAUUUAGACUAGAGGUGGAGUGAGAAGAGGAAUGCUGUUGCAUGUCUGUCGGCACUUCAGGUUCAAGUUCCUACGAGGAGUGUAUUGGUACAACUUGAAAGGAAAGGAAAUAAUCCAAAGUGCUUUUGCUUCUUUCUGCCAUGUAUAUCUGACAAUAUUGUAGUAUUUUGUUUUGGAGGUUGAUAAAAUAUGCUGUGAUGUUCUGAUUUUUUUCUUUUUGAUUAGCAUUACGUUGGACUUUUCUUUGUUGUUCACCUGCAUAGUGGUACCUGUUGUGCUUCUGUGAUAAUAAAACAAACAAAAACAAUC